AUAAAAUGCAUCUAUGGUAUUAAAAGUGAUAAAGAUGAUAAAAGCAGUUACAAUUAGGGGUUGAUGCGCUCCGGAAACGAUACUGCCAUCGCCGUCUAGUGAUGAGAUGCGAAACUAUGAUUAAAAUAUCGGGGAAUUUGCGGUUAUCCAAUCGAAGAAAAUUUAAUACGAAGCCGAAAAGUUAUUAAAAUAAUUGUUUGACUAACUUGUAUUCUCAAACUUAUAUUUUUAAAAAAAUUUUUUUAAUUCGUUACUAGCGCUAUCUGUACAAAAGUUGCUAAAACUGUUCAACGACUUACCGAUCAAUUUUCCGAAGCAAGGGCACUCCUGUGCCAUCUAUCAGAAAAUUGUCAACGCUACUCAACAAUUAUUUUAUUUUAAACGCCGCAAAACGCUCUUUGUUCUUCGUAACAUUGUUACAAAUACACAAAUCCCGAAUUUAUCGAUUUGCAACAUUGCUGCGAACCCCAUGGCCGCGCUUUCGGGGUUCGCAACAAUGUUGCAAGACGAGAAAUUCAAAAUUGCUGGCUGUGUAAAAAAAUCGGGAAAUCGCGGCCCCUAAAUUCAUAACAAUAUUUCUCGUGUCUUUAUAAAACCCUAACGAUAUAACUCGUAAAGUUCUUGUCGUUAUAAAGAUAUUUUUUGCAUCAUUCUCUUCCUUUAUGGCUCCUCAUCAUAAGUGCAAAUGGCAUUUAAACUGAGCGUAUGUAAAGAAUCAAAUGUCGCGUCCUUCUGUUUCAUACGUUCGGCAAAUAUGUUGCAAUUACUUCACUAGUUACUGACGUAAUAUAGAAGACGACGCCCUACUUUUGUACAAGUACUUACUGCCACAACUUUGGUAGUUACAUGAUCUGUAAAUCUUCACACUGUCCUCAUUUUUAAUGUCUACUUCCGGACAUAUCGAUCUUUUAUUCAAAACCACGCACGUUCAAUUGUUUUUCAUUUACUAUAAAAUAUUCAAACAAAAAAUGAUUCCUGAUUCAAUAAAAAAGAAAAAAAAACAUAAUGAAUAGGUAGCGAUAAACCUUGUUACAUAAAUUUUUUGUCAAUAACGUGUUAAUCGUUACGCUAACAACUGUGCUUUGAUCUAACGAGUCCCACUUUUAACCGUACAACAUCGUAACGAUUUAGCAUAUAUUAAUUUUACUUUCACUCCUUCCGUCGUAAGAAAAUAAUGACAUUGAUUUUACAUUUACACAUAAACAGACCUUGAUCUACUUAUUUAUUAAUGUUUUCAUUCAUUGCCAGUAAUUAUCUUAUUCUUGGAUCAUGUUUCUUGGAUCUUGAAAACGAGGCAAAUUAAAAUCUUAUAAAUGAUAUGUCCCGAUCGGAUAGUUUAAUAAUUAACAGAGCAUUGAUCCUGUUUUACUGAACCUCCGCGUGUGCCAUUGACACUGACAGUGAAUUUCGAACGACGGUACACGAAAAUUUCGCCAACGGGCCAUAAAAAUUGCAUUCGUUAAUAUUGGGUUAUCGAUCGGCUCUUUUGCCAAGCAUUCACGUUCAUCAUUGAUAUUCGCCUCGUAUCCAAGUUUCAUUCUGUUUGCGUCACGGGACCUUGGUCGUAUAGACGGUAUCAAGAAUUCCAGUUGCCUUUGCUGGCCGACACCAAUCGCGUCGAGUGAUUUCGUUACUUCUAAACGAAAUCUCGAGUCACAAAGGUCGGGAGAGCCGGGGACGAUGGGAGUCCAUGAAGCUUCCCGCGCACCUUUGGCUAGAUUUGUCUCGGAGUUGAGCAAGUCGAUCGAUCGUCGAAUCGUGUUCGCGUCAGGAUCUCGGAAUCGUCGGUGUCUAACAGUGUCCGGUGUCUUUCGUUAAAUCUCACCCACUUUCGCAGGCGUGUGUUCGUUCAAUUGGAACCACGAUGUUCAGAUCGGUAGCGACAGUCUUGUUCGUAUCUCAGGUGCAAUGUAUUCUCCCGCCUGCCAUCCUGGACACGAUAUAUCAGUUCGUUUUCCCUUUCUGGACAACUUCCUACGACUUGGUUCCGGACGAGAGGAUCCCGUCCAUUGAGUACGAUUUUAUCGUGAUAGGUGCCGGUUCAGCGGGCUCCGUGGUGACCAAUCGUUUAACGGAGAACCCAGAGUGGAAGGUGUUGCUGUUAGAAGAGGGCAAAGAUGAGAUAUUCCUCACUGACAUACCCCUGUUGGCCUCGAUUUUGCACAUCACGGAUUAUGCUCGAUGGCAAAGGAGCGAACCGAGGCCCCAGAAUCCGGACGGUAGCGGUGGUUAUUGUCUGUCGAUGAACGACGGUCGUUGCAACUUGUUCGGGGGUAAAGCGGUCGGUGGCACCUCGGUGGUGAAUUUCAUGAUAUAUUCCAGGGGAUCGCCGAGCGAUUACGAUAACUGGGUCGCGCAAGGCAAUCCCGGAUGGAGUUAUCGAGAGAUAUUGCCAUACUUUACGAAGUCUGAAAAUUGUAGACUCCUGGAUCAAGACGUUAGAUUUCAUGGCCACGGAGGGUACCUGGACGUCACGACUGCUCCAUACAGCUCGCCACUGAAAGAAUGCUUUCUCCGUGCCGGCGAUGAAUUGGGAUAUGAUGUAAUCGAUUACAACUCGGACAGGCUGAUCGGUUUCUCCUCGGUACAGGUUCAUCUACGAAACGGUCAUAGGGUCAGUGCCAAUAAAGCGUUCUUGAGGCCUAUCCGCGAUAGACCGAAUUUCCAUCUGUCGAAAUUAUCGAAAGUGACGAGGAUCGCGAUAGAUCGAAAUACGAAAACCGCGGUUGGCGUGGAAUUCGUUAAAAAUGGGCAAAAGCUGUUCGUUUCCGCGCGGAAAGAAGUGAUACUUUCAGCAGGGACGUUGAAUUCGCCGCAGCUAUUGAUGUUGUCCGGAAUAGGAUCCAAAGUGCAUUUGCAGUCGCUGAACAUCGAGGCGAUCGAGGAUCUUCCGGUCGGAUACAAUCUACAAGAUCACGUCAGCAUGUCGGCAUUGACGUUUCUCGUGAACGAGAGCGUGACCAUCGUCGAGCCUCGUCUCGCAUCGAAUUUGGCCAAUACCUUCGAUUAUUUCGCGAAGGGAACUGGUCCUCUGACCGUCCCGGGUGGGGCCGAAUGUCUAGCCUUUCUUAAUACCAAACGAGAUCAGCCGAACGUUGGAGGAAAGAAAUCGCGAUCAAAUAAGUCUUUCUCGAAGGGACGUGGCAAUAAACCAGCGUCUUACUCUCCGAACGUCACUUCGAUCGUCGUGAAUUCGGAUAAGUUGAAAUCGUUUUUCAACGCGGCUUUGGAUAACGCGAAAACGAAAGGAAUCGACCUACCCGAUAUCGAAUUGGUUCUGGGAAUAAGCGCUCUAACCGGAGACAUAUCGGGCAGUUUCAGAGGACUCCUUGGUCUGACGGAUGAAUUUUACAAAGAGGUCUUCGGUGAUUACCAAGGUUUCGACGCGUUCUCCAUCGUCCCGGUACUUCUACAACCAAAAAGUAGAGGAAGAGUCAGUUUGAGGAGCUCUGAUCCGUUCGAUCAACCCAUUUUCGAGAUAAAUUACUAUGAUCACGAAGAGGAUCUCAGAACUAUGGUUCGAGGCAUUAAGAAGGCUAUAGAAAUCGCAUCGACCAAAGCGUUUAAACGGUUUAACGCGACGCUACUGCCGGUGGCCUUUCCAGGAUGCAAGGCUGUUCCAUUUAACAGCGAUUCCUAUUGGGUUUGCGUUGCUCGCCAUGUGACCACGACUCUGGGUCAUUUCGUAGGCACGUGUAGGAUGGCCCCGAGAGAGAAAUCGGGCGUGGUGGACCAUAGGCUACGGGUACACGGGAUUAACGGUCUGAGAGUGGUGGAUGCUAGUAUAAUGCCGACCAUAGUAAGUGGUCACACAAACGCGCCUGCUUAUAUGAUCGCUGAAAAGGCCGCGGAUAUGAUCAAAGAGGACUGGAAUCUCCUUGAUUCUUCUUAAAAUUA